CCGGGUGCAGGUGACGGCCAUCUUUACGUUGAUCUGCCGGGAGGAGGAGGAAGAUCUGCAUACGCUUGACACCCGAGAAGCCCGCAGCCUGGGACCGGUCACCGUGUCCUUCACUCAGCUAAGAGCAACAUCCCUGUGCAAACAUGACCGACUCAAAGUAUUUCACCACCACCAAGAAAGGUGAGAUCUUUGAGCUAAAAGCAGAGUUGAACAGCGACAAGAAGGAGAAGAAGAGGGAAGCUGUGAAGAAAGUCAUUGCAUCUAUGACCGUUGGGAAGGAUGUCAGUGCCUUGUUUCCUGAUGUGGUGAACUGCAUGCAGACUGAUAACCUGGAACUGAAGAAGCUUGUGUAUUUGUACCUGAUGAACUAUGCUAAGAGCCAGCCGGAUAUGGCCAUCAUGGCUGUAAACACUUUUGUUAAGGACUGUGAAGACCCAAACCCCUUGAUCCGUGCACUAGCUGUGCGCACCAUGGGCUGUAUCCGUGUGGACAAAAUCACAGAGUAUCUCUGCGAGCCACUGCGCAAGUGCUUGAAGGAUGAGGACCCAUAUGUGCGCAAGACGGCGGCAGUGUGUGUUGCCAAGCUGCAUGACAUCAAUGCCCAGUUAGUGGAAGAUCAGGGAUUCCUCGAUACAUUGAAAGAUCUAAUUUCUGACUCCAAUCCUAUGGUUGUGGCUAAUGCUGUGGCAGCCCUGUCAGAGAUUGCAGAGUCCCACCCGAAUAGUAACCUUCUGGACCUCAACCCACAGUCAAUCAAUAAGCUGCUGACCGCUCUUAAUGAGUGUACAGAGUGGGGUCAGAUCUUCAUCCUGGACUGUUUGGCCAACUAUGUUCCAAAAGAUGACCGGGAAGCUCAAAGUGUUUGUGAACGUGUUACGCCGCGGCUUUCUCAUGCCAAUUCAGCUGUGGUCCUCUCUGCAGUGAAGGUUCUCAUGAAACUCAUGGAACUCUUAUCAAAAGAUUUGGAUUACUAUGGGACAUUGUUAAAGAAGCUGGCACCCCCUCUUGUUACUUUGCUGUCUGCUGAGCCAGAAUUGCAGUAUGUUGCACUGCGCAACAUCAACUUAAUUGUGCAGAAACGGCCUGAGAUUUUGAAGCAUGAGAUGAAAGUUUUCUUUGUUAAAUAUAAUGACCCAAUCUAUGUUAAACUUGAAAAACUUGACAUCAUGAUCAGAUUGGCAUCUCCAGCAAAUAUUGCCCAGGUUCUGGCUGAACUCAAGGAAUAUGCCACAGAGGUGGAUGUAGAUUUUGUACGGAAGGCUGUUAGAGCAAUUGGACGCUGUGCCAUUAAAGUGGAGCAAUCUGCAGAGCGCUGUGUGAGCACCCUACUGGAUCUUAUUCAAACCAAGGUGAAUUAUGUGGUUCAAGAAGCCAUUGUGGUCAUAAAGGACAUCUUCAGAAAGUACCCCAACAAAUACGAGAGCGUCAUCGCCACACUGUGUGAAAACCUGGACUCUCUUGAUGAACCAGAGGCAAGGGCUGCCAUGAUCUGGAUAGUAGGAGAGUAUGCUGAGCGCAUUGACAAUGCAGAUGAGCUGCUGGAAAGCUUCUUGGAGGGAUUCCAUGAUGAGAGCACUCAGGUUCAACUGCAACUUCUUACGGCUAUUGUAAAGCUGUUCUUAAAGAAGCCAACAGAGACGCAGGAGCUGGUACAGCAAGUACUAAGCUUGGCAACUCAGGAUUCAGAUAACCCUGAUCUCCGAGAUCGUGGCUAUAUAUACUGGCGACUGCUCUCCACAGAUCCUGUUGCUGCCAAGGAGGUGGUGCUGGCAGAAAAACCUUUGAUCUCCGAAGAAACUGACCUCAUUGAGCCCACUUUGCUGGAGGAACUUAUCUGUUACAUUGGUACACUAGCCUCUGUCUACCACAAGCCUCCAAAUGCUUUUGUAGAGGGAAGUCGUGGAGUUGUUCCCAAAAGGUUACCCCCUCGAACUGGCUCCAACGAGAGCACAGAGAGUCCAGAUACAGUUACCACAGUGCAACCCCAAGCAGAAGCACACCCUUCAGUCAUCCCAUCCCAGGGCGACCUGUUGGGUGACCUUCUUAACCUUGAUUUAGCACCACCAGUCAGUGGACCUCCCCUUACUACAAAUUCUGUACCGUUGGGUGGAGUGGAUCUCCUGAGUGGCGGACUGGACACACUGCUGGGUGGUGACAUGGGUCCAAAUAUGAAUAUGCCUACUGGAUUCAUGGCUCCUCCAGUGGCUGCUGCCCCCCUUGGCCCUCCACUCUCUGGAGGACUUAGUGACCUCUUUGAUUUGGGUAGUGGAACAGGUGCAAUUAUUGGAUCGUAUGUGGCUCCAAAGUCAGUAUGGCUACAUGCCAUGAAAGGCAAAGGCCUGGAAAUUAGUGGCACUUUUGCCAGAAGAUCUGGUGCAGUAUUCAUGGAUUUGCAUUUUACCAAUCGAGCCCUUCAGGUCAUGACUGACUUUGCUAUACAGUUCAAUCGCAACAGUUUUGGGUUGGCACCAGCUGCUCCACUACAGAUUCUUACUCCCCUGGCCCCCAACCAAUCUACAGAAGUCUCUCUUCCUUUAAAUACAGUUGGAUCUGUCAUGAAAAUGGAACCUCUCAAUAACUUGCAGGUGGCAGUAAAGAACAACAUUGAUGUGUUUUACUUUAGUGUUGUGUAUCCACUUCACAUUCUUUUUGUAGAGGAUGGAAAGAUGGAGCGACAGAUGUUUUUGGCUACAUGGAAAGACAUCCCAAAUGAGAAUGAGGCACAGUUCCAAAUUAGAGACUGCCCUCCGAGUCCAGACGCGGUCAGCAAUAAGCUGCAGGCCAGCAAUGUCUUCACAGUGGCUCGACGUACCGUUGAAGGUCAGGACAUGUUGUACCAGUCUAUAAAGCUCACAAAUGGCAUUUGGGUGCUAGCAGAACUGAGGAUGCAGCCUGGAAGUCUUAGCUGUGCACUAUCUUUGAAGUGCCGGGCACCUGAAGUAUCGCCAUUCAUUUUCCAAGCCUUCGAAAUAGUGCUGAAGAACUAAGCCUUCCUCUGCACCAGCUGUAUGACGAUCACCAACCUUUCUGUAUGAACGCUGGGCUUAUAAGAAAGAGGCCUUGUGCCCAUGUCUCUGCUACUUUUCUAAUCAGGAUAAAUGAACAUGGACCAAAUAAUGAAUAGUCUUGAUUUUAUUCUCUUACUCCCAGAGUCGCUCCGUAUCCUGCCUUCAUUUUAUGCCCACAGGGGGUAAACCGUUUCUUCUCUCCUGAGAAUGUGGGUAGAUCCCAUCCCAUUUUUAUGGUAGAUGCUGUAUUGGUUCUGCUGGAUCCUGUUAAUUUAAACAAUAAAGAACUUGGAUAAAAAUGUACAUAAUAAAACCAUUGAUAUGUG